GGUUGGUUACUUUCAAAGUAACACGUGUUGCAUGAUCAAGCAGUACGUACGUACGGAGUGGCCGCAUAUGAGCGAGAACGGAAGGCAACGGAUAACAAGAUUCCUGAUCAAUAUUCCCCGAGUACGAGUCGACACAAAAGCUUAACCAACCACGAGUGAUCAGAGACAACGAGAAGCCUAACGAUCUAUCAGAGCCGCGGGCGUUGCAAAGGAACAAAAAGACGGCCACGACAAUGAUCAGUGUGUCACGAUACAUGCGAUCCUUGGCCGUAUAUAAGACGGGGACGGACCGCGAAUCGGGCAAAAACGCGACUGCGAUUUCGUUCGACACAGACGACAUGGAUAAGAGUGCUCUGUUUUUCCUCCUCUGUGCACUGAUAGUGCUCGUUGACGCGAAACCAUAUCCAAGGCCUGACGAGAGUGAUGGAGAAUUGCUGGCGGCAAGAGACACUCAUUACCCUUACGUAUUUUGGGUCGGCAGACCAUUCUAUGACCAAGACGAUGAUUACGGUGAUAAUACGUAUCGAAGUUCUUCAGCCAAUAGGAAAUCUUCAAUAUCGUUAUCUGACGUCGGAGCGGGAUGGGGUCGUUGAAAAACAUUCACCGAUGUUCUUCGAUUUGUUGAAAACCACCGAUUGAUGACAUAACCAGUGUCACAAAUUUAUAAAUAUACACUAAUGGACCGAUCGGCUAUCAUUAGUUCGUAAAUUAUUAAUCCUGAUUGAGGACGAUUGAACUGACACUGUAAAUUAAUAAUAAGCUAGUAAUACAUGCAUACGAAUUGUAUAACAGAAUUUUGUACUUUAAUACGUGAUUGUAUUAAACUGAUAUAUUUCACUGCCUAA